AUGACACAGCCAGACCCAAACUGGAACCCGCCUCGCGGACCCAGAAACGCAUACCCACACCGACGAGGCCACGUCCAAGCAUCAAGUGAUCCAAACCCCGCCCCACAGAUCCUGCAACCUCAAAGUCAGCAUACUGAGUCGAUUCGGAAUGCGCAGCGGAAUAGCGAUCCAUUCCAAUAUGAUAUGCAGACGAUGCCAUACUGGGACGAUGCAAGCGGCGCAAUCCACGAUAUCUCCAAUGCAACACCCCGAAAUCUAGAUCACGCAUACGCGAAGAACUCUGGUGGUGGUGGUGAGACAGGAACUACGCAGGGCCAGCAGCAGCGGCAGCAGGAUCAAGUUGCGGAUCUUCAAACUUAUGGUCAACAUCAGUGGCAUAAUCCAUAUGCCGAGAUUGUUGGCGGUGGACCGUAUGCACAAGAUCAAGCAACUCAUACGACAUCUCCUCUAUCGAAGAAAACAUCUAAGACCGCUAUCAAAGACAACAAGAGCAAUAGGAGAGAUUUCACGCCCUACUUCGACGCCGCAGACCCGCGGAACCACACCGACCUAAGAAGUCCAGAUAAAUACAACUUCCUCGGCACCAAAGACGUGAAUCAAAAGCUGCGCCAGGACACCACCGAUGCCAUCAAACUAGCGACAGAGAAGCGUGGGAAGAUCAAAGCAGAUCAGCCAUUACCAUCACUACCUGAACAUGAGCCAAAGACAACAAUAGUAAAGAGGAAGAGCGCGCCCCUCCCCCCGAUUCUGCCUAGAUUCGCUUUCGAGAACCCAACAAUAAUAUCGGCGAAGCAGGCGAAGUCUAGGACUGCUUCGUUUAGGAAGAGUGCAGAGACCGGACCUCUCUCGGCGAUCAACGAAGCGCCAUCCCCGCUCAACGCAUCAAACAAGCGACGAAGCGUAGACCGCACACCCACACUCGACCGCGUCCUCGCUCUCCGCGCAGAAGAACAAGCGAAAGCGCUCGCGCAACUCGAGGGCGAUGUGCUAGAAGAGCAGGCUGUCGAUGACGGUGAACAGCAUAUCCCCCGCGAGUUGGUCAAGCGGAUAAGUGACUCGGAAAGCCGGUGUAUUCCUAGAGUCACGUCGCGGGAAGAGAAGCGUCAUGCGUCUGAGUUUGUUCCGGGUAUAACAGUGCCGGGACGGAAUGAGCGGGAGGAGGGUUGUAUGAUUGACGAUCCGGACGUUCGAGGGAAGGAGGAGCAGGGGGGGGAUGGUGCGGAUAGCAGUGUGUAUAGCAACGAGAAUAAUGCUCAAGAAGACGAGAUCGAGAGGUUGACGAAAGCGAUAGCGGGGUUGAAGCCGUUCCAGGAUCUACCACCUCCGUCGUCAUCGCCGAAGAAGACAGCGUUCGAGCGGCAAAGCGCUGUGCCGGUAGGGUUGGAUGUGGGGAAGAUUGGAAAGGGGAAAGAGGGGUUGGGUGAUGGAGCCGGAUCUCAACCAAAGCCGGAGGAACUAGGUGGACGGACGCAAGUUGAGGCAGAAGCGGAGCUUUUGAAGGUACUCAAUGCGACGGACGAUGCUACUGGUGGGGGUAGCGCGGGCGUGGGAACGUCGCAGGAGAACUCAUCUGCGGAGUCUUUUGCGACGGUUUCUUCAGAUGACUACGAACAGAUUCGGGCGGAGGAUGAGCUGGCGUCGGAGCAGAAUGGCGUGAAAAGGCGGUGGUAUAAGGGCUUUCGGAAGGUUUGA